CGUGUGGCACGGCAUAUGGCGGCGACGUCAAGCGAGCAGCCGCGAAGUGAAAGUUCCACCACCGGUUGCAAAAUAAUUUCACAAACGCUCCCCUUACAGUGUUCCUUACAUCAGGCCUAAUUUUAUUAAAAGCAAAGCCUUGCCUUAGCCUAAGCUUGCGUUGCGUUUAACGUGAUACUCAUGGCUGAAUAUAUGAAAGCGAAAGGGGGUAAACUGAAGCUGAAGGGAGAGAAGACUCACAAGCACAAGAAGCACAAGAAGAGGAAGCAUGGGGAUGAAUCUGAUGCCACAUUAUUGGACUCCAAGGAAGAAGAGAAAGACAAAGAAUCACAUGGUGGAUGGUGGUGUGUCCAGGAGUUUGAAGACAUAUCUGGACAAAUUUGCAUUGAGAUGAAUCCUCAUUCUUAUGUGAAGGCUCUUGAUAAUGGCCUCUUUGUUGUUGGACCACCCCAUCCAGAAGGGGAGGGCCCAUCCCCAGAAGAAAUUUUGAGUGCUAUCAAAAUUGACGAUUCUAGAAUUGCCUUGAAGUCUGGGUAUGGCAAGUAUCUUAAACCCGAUAAAGAUGGUGCUGUCACAGGCAGAUCAGAUGCUGUGGGUCCCAUGGAGUACUGGGAACCUGUCUUCCAGGAAGGGAAGCUGGCACUCCUGAGCCAUCUUCAGAAGUUCCUCUCAGCUGACGAGGAAGAUAAUAUUGUGGCAAAAAGCCAAUCGGCAAGUGUGAAUGAAGUAAUAAAAAUCCGAAGUCAGCUACAGAAAGAGGUUGUAAAUCCCAAUGAACCACCUGUAGAAGAGAAGGGCAACUUGAAACAAGUGGAGAUCAAUUAUGUGAAGAAAUUCCAGAAAUUUCAAGACAAAAAGCUGAGGAUAAGCAAAGAAGACAAGAAUGCCCUGAAGAAAGCCAAGUUGGAAGGUGAUCUUCAUGAGACUCUUCUUGAUAGAAGAGAGAAAAUGAAGUCUGAUCGUUAUUGCAAAUAAUGACUGUUGGGAACUGCAUGAGCAUGUAUGUAUGGAUCAGGAAUGAAAGUCCUUUUUCU